GAUAACAGUGGGGUUAGAGGUCGCAGGAAGGGUGUUUGAGUGGUCGGGGUGGUGCUUAGUGUGAUAAACUUGCGCCGUUACACUCUAUGACAUUAGCAUGGGUUUUUUUUCAGCGUAUUACUAGCUGCACGUGUAUAACGCUUGAUUCAUCCGGGGUUUUUUUUCUUCUCCGUUUGCGACACAGAGGGUGUUUAUUUAUAAGCAGCCUGGAGAGAGAAAUCAGUAGCCUUGAAAAAUCAGAUUUUGUGUUUAGGGUGGUUAUUAGUAGUUGCCUUGAGGACAAAUCGGUUCAAUGACCAGAAAUGGGGAGAAAAAAUCGACUCCCUAUUGCCUUUCGCAGAAGUUUACCUUCAUUUGGUGUGUUUGCUUCCAUUGAAAAAGAACUCUUCUGAUAAUCCACGUUUUCGUUGAGACGCUGUGAGAUCUGAUUCCAAAAUGAGCCAAGAUGCGCUGGAGUCUGAUGCAGACUCUAGUCAGGACGCGUCGGAAUUUAACUGGGACGAUUACCUGGAGGAGACGGGCGCACUGUUUGUACCUCACCAUGCCUUCAAACAUAUGGAUCAAGGCCUGCAGACGGGUCUGACUCCGGGAAUGAAGUUGGAGGUUUUGGUGCGUGGAGAACCCGCCGGAGCUUAUUGGGUGGCCACCAUCAUCACCACCUGCGGCCAGCUGCUGCUGUUACGCUACGAAGGCUACCACGAUGACCGCCGCGCCGACUUCUGGUGUGACGUCAUGACCGCUGACCUGCACCCCAUCGGCUGGAGCAGGCAGCACGGUCGACCCAUGAGACCGCCUGAGGGUGUGCGAGAGAAGCAUCAGGACUGGGAGUCCCUGCUGGAGAAAUCGCUCUCAGAAUCCUGUAGCGCACCGGCUAACCUGCUGGAAGGAGCCCAACGCGGUUGCAACCCUGUAGACCUGCUGAGUCCGGGCCUCAGUGUGGAGAUGGUGGAUAAAGAGGAUGCCGGCAUGGUCUGGGGGGCUACAAUUGAGGAUAACAUCGGGGGACGACUCCGUCUGCGCUACGCCGGCACAGAAGGACUUUCUGACACGCACUCCAUCACCUGGAUAUUCUACCUGAACCCCCUGCUCCAUCUUCCUGGUUGGGCCAAAGAGCAUGGCUGCACCCUCAGACCUCCAUCAGUAUUGCUUCCGUUGCGCACUAAGGAGGAAUGGGAGGAAGUGAGCCAAGCCAUCGGUAAUGAGCCAAAGGAUUCAAGUAUUAGUGAGGAGUUUUAUAAGGAUCGGCCAGCCAUCACUCCGCACUGCUUCGCUGAGGGGAUGAAGCUCGAGGCAGUAGAUCCUGCUGCACCUUUCACUAUCAGCCCUGCAUCUGUUGUCAAGGUGUUCAGCGAUCAGUUCUUCCUGGUGCAGAUGGAUGAUAUGAGAGAGGAAGCCGAGCGAAAAGGAGGAAGCAGAUCGUUCGUGUGUCACAGGGACAGCCCUGGAAUUUUUCCAGCUCAAUGGAGUUUUAAGAAUGGAGUGAAGCUCAGUCCACCACUAGGCUACCAAGGGCAGGACUUUGACUGGGCUGAUUAUCUGAAACAGUGCGAGGCCGAACCAGCCCCACAACAAUGCUUCCCCUCCGAUCCCUCUGAUCAGUGCUAUAAAGAGUCCAUGAUGCUGGAGGCUGUUAAUCCUGUUUGCCCUCAAAACAUUCAUGUGGCCACAGUCACCAAGGUCAAAGGUCAACAUAUCUGGAUUAGACUAGAAGGAGUGAAGCAACCUGUUCUAGAGAUCAUAACUCAUAUGGACUCCAUGGAUAUUUUUCCUGUGAGCUGGUGUGAAACUAACGGCUACCCUCUUCAGUACCCCUGCAAGCCCAAAGUGGAAAAGCAGAAGAAAAUCGCAGUCGUCCAGCCGGAGCGGCACAGAAUGCCAGCUAAAGCCUCCUCCCCUGAUUCCCUCAAACAGCCUCUGAACAGCCAGACAGAGAUGAGUCAGGUCAAUGGGAAGUACAGCUGCCCAAAGAUCUACUUUAACCACAGGUGUUUCUCCGGUCCGUACCUCAAUAAGGGCCGCAUCGCGGAGCUGCCACAGUGUGUAGGUCCGGGCAACUGCGUCCUGGUGCUUAAGGAGGUUCUGUCCCUGCUGAUAAACUCCGCCUACAAACCCAGUCGUGUGCUCCGUGAGCUCCAGCUGGACCAAGAGGGACGCUGGCAGGGUCAUGGAGAGAUCCUCAAAGCCAAAUACAAAGGGAAGAGCUACAGGGCGACAGUGGAGAUCGUUCGCACCGCAGACCGCGUGGCAGAGUUCUGCAGAAGAACCUGCGUGAAGCUGGAGUGCUGUCCUAAUUUGUUCGGGCCACGCAUGGUGCUGGAUCGCUGCUCAGAGAACUGCUCGGUGCUCACCAAAACCAAAUACACAUAUUACUACGGGAAGAAGAAGAGUCGGCGUGUAGGCCGUCCACCCGGAGGCCACACCAACAUGGAUGCGGGUGUGAAGAGACGAGGCAGGAGGAAGAAGAGAAGGAAGCAGUUGUUUGUCCAUAAGAAGAGGCGUUCCUCCGCCUCCGUGGACAACACGCCUGCAGGGUCUCCUCAGGGAAGCGCCGACGAGGAAGACCUGGACGAAGACGACUCGCUGAGCGACGACAGCGGCUCCGAGCAGGACGAGUUGAUGGAAGAUUCCGAAUACUCUGAAAAGAAAUCGCAGCCCCCGACCCCCUCACCGUCUCCUCCUGAAACCCCUCGGCCCACGCGCCGACGCCGCAAAGCUCGCUCUCCCUCGUACUCGGACGACGAGAACAGACCUCCGUCGCCUAAAAGUCCCUUUCCUGAGGCACCUCAGAAGCUGUGCUUGGACAGCAGUCCUCUGGAGUGGAGCGUUACAGAUGUGGUGCGUUUCAUCAGGACAACCGACUGCGCUCCACUCGCACGCAUCUUCAUGGAUCAGGAGAUUGAUGGCCAGGCCCUGCUGCUGCUAAACUUGCCCACUGUGCAGGAGUGUAUGGACCUAAAACUCGGUCCCGCCAUUAAGCUGUGCCACCACAUCGAGAGGGUCAAACUGGCGUUUUACCAGCAGUUUGCCAGCUGAGGGUAGCACGAUGACAGCGGCCGGGGGGUUUAUUUUAUUUGAUAAUAUUUUAUUUCUCUUUGUGUGUGUGUGAGAGAAAAUGUGAGUCUGUGUUCUUUUGUUUACUUUGAGUUUUAUUUCUGAUAGAAAUAAGCUACUGAAGGGGGAAUUUGGUGUGUGGAGAAUUGAGAAUCAGUGGUGUUUGUCACAAAGCUCUGCUCAGACUGAACGUGCGUUCUAGGUGAUCUCACAAGAUUUCUCAGUCAGUCAUUAGCUAGUUUUUUCCUUAAGGCUCAAGCAGCUUAUUUUCUGAAACCUUUAAUAAUCUUAGAGCGGAAGACAAUGCAAGAAUCUUAAGCACAAAGACCAAUUGCCCGUGUACAGUAAGUGGUAUGCAAACGUGUACAUAGUAGUCUGUCUGUAUAUACGUGUAAAUAUCAGAUAUUCCCUUUAGUGGGAUUAAAUGUCCCAGUUUCAGGGUUUUUUGUUUGUUUUGUUUAGUUUUUUUGGAGGAUUACAAUGUAAAGUAAACAGGCCUGGUAAUUGGUUUUGCGGUGGGAUUCUGUAAAGACGGUUUUUUUUCCCCUCCUCGAGUUUGACACUCGAGUCGUUUUCGGCCGCAUUCAGAAAUGACAUUUCGUGUAAUAUAACACCUUUAAUGUGAUUGAUGUCGUGGUUAGCGUUCAAGCACACAAAAGGAUUCAGGUUAUUGUAUAAACAUUUCGGGAUGAUCUGUCCGAUAUAAUAAAGUAUGCAAGUCCAGAAUCAAGUUUCGGCUUCACGCAUCGCAUUCGUAUUUCGAGGAGUUCGACGAGUCAAAUUUCUCAAGUUAGAUUUCCCCAUUUAUCUCGUUCCAUCUCCAAAGCGCUCUGGUGAAUUUUCCAAGCAUUUUAUUACGUGUGUGUCUACUUACAUUGUUUGAUUUUGUUCCCUUUUUUUUUUUUUUUUGGUCAAAAGCAUUUGAUUGAAUGUUAAUUUUGUUCAUCUAAAUUGUAUAUGUUUGUGAAAUGUUAUUUAAAAGAAAAUUAAACUAAACUGGAGCUCAUUUUUUGUCUCUUUCAAAAGAGGUGCUGUAAAUAAAUUCCAUGAUCAAACAAA